UUUCUGCCGCUCACACACAUCGAUAUGCAAGAUCAACAGCAUAGUCCCCACGGGCGUUGCGCAAAAGUGAGUUGUGCUGAUGCGCCAGCAUACCAUGUCUUAUCGUUAUCGCAUCAGUAGCGCUUCGCAAGCUCCCGAGCUCCAUCUCAACUCCACAGAUCCAUCGUAGCUUCCGUCCACGUCUCCUUGGACGUCGUGCCGCAGAGAUGCCGACCUCGAUGCCCGCUCCCUCGAUUCGAAUACCAAUGGAGCUUCUGACUCCAACUGCCUUCUCGCAAUUCGGUACUGUCAUCGAGAACCCAACAACAUCACCGUCAGCGCAGCUGCCCAUCCCCAACCGCAUACCACCACCCGACGCGGUCGCGGCCAACCAGGGCUCGGCUACCAAGUACCUCGAUGUCACGCACAUGUCGAACCUGUAUGACCUUGCGCCGAGCAAGAAACCUGCCAAGACGGUGAUGAACAUGUUUGUCUGUUCCCCACGGAACCUCCGGCCACACGAGCCGAGCAUGAGCAUGCCCAGCUCCUGGGGUGACUUGGACUUGGAUGAGGACGAGGAAGGAUGCGAAGACUUCCAAAGGCAGCUGUUGGACGUUGCCAUUCUCGAAAGGCAUCCCUUCACCACACAAACGUUUAUACCCAUGGGCCUGUCGCAGCAGGAAAGACACACCCAGUACCUUGUCAUAGUUGCUCCUACUCUACCGGCAAGUGCUUCAAGGCGUCGUACGGGUAGGGCGCCGCCAUAUCCUACACCGCACAUUGAACGGAAACGAAGCGUUAUGGACAUCUUUGCGCGAGCGAGACCAAGCCCAUAUUCAAACGAAACCGCGCCUUCUCAGAGCCAGUUCUCACGACUUCAUCCGUCAGCACGUCCAAAGGGUCCGGGCUUGCCAGACCUCAAGAAUCUCCGUGCCUUCGUGGCAAAUGGAAGUCAAGCAGUGACAUAUGGGGCUGGGACAUGGCAUGCGCCGAUGAUCGUAGUCGGAGACCGACCAAUUGACUUUGUGGUUGUACAAUUUGCGAACGAAGUUGGCAAUGAAGACUGUCAGGAGAUAGUACUGAAGUCGGAUGAAACCGCUUCGGAGGGUGUUGUAGUCGUUAUCGAUACUGAUGCAUCAGGUGCUGUACAGGUCAAGGCUGGUGUAGGCUCUGUGAAGGCAAAGCUAUGAUGCUGAUGGGUAGUGUCGUUUCUGAUUCCAUGAAUUCCGCUGGACUGUUCCGCACUUGUCGCACUUUAUCUUGCCUUGUGAUUUAUGUGUAAAUGAGAACUGAUAACCGUUGAAGAUCACGGACGCCUUGCGAGCCACGGCUUUACAUGUGAGCAACUAGCUCUCAUGUCUUGGAAAACUCAUCGAACUUAGCGACAACUUCACAAGUGAACGGCUAGUAGUCCUUGCU